AUGCGAACGAAACAGGCUGCUACUAAAAGCACAACACAGCAAUGCGAGAGGGCAAGAGUUAGGAAUGAUGUUGAUGAGGAUAAUGAAAACUCAGAUUAUGAGAGUUACACUGAUAGAGAUGAUGAAGCAGCAGAAAUUUCGUUAGGCAGUUCUUCUUCUACUGAUGUUGAAGACGAGUUUCAUUCCAACUUAAAUAUACAAGUAGUUGAAAAUGUAGCAGGAAUGGUAAACGAAGAGUCAUCGGUACAUAUUUCAUUGAUACAAGAGCGAAUAUGUGUUCAGUUUGGAUACAAAAUUUCAUAUAAAAAAGCAUGGAAGGCGAAGCAAAAAGCCAUUGUUAAAGUAUUUGGUGAUUGGGAUGAAUCAUACGCUACCUUGCCUCGAUGGUUAGAAUACAUGCAACUAUAUUCUCCUGGAUCUGUUUAUAAAAUUGAAACAAAAGAGUAUGUGGUUGGUCAUCAAGUGGAUAACAAGUGUAGAGUAUUUGAACGAUUAUUCUGGUCAUUCGAACAAUGUCAUCAGGCUUUUAAAUUCUGCAAACCUAUAUUACAAGUGGAUGGAACGUUCUUAUAUGGUAAGUAUCGUCAUACAUUGCUCAUUGCAACAACUCAAGAUGGAAACAAUUGUGUCCUUCCAAAAGCUUUUACAAUUGUUGAAGGAAAAACCUUGUCAGCAUGGGAAUGGUUUUUGGCAUUGAUUCGUUUGCAUGUUACCGAUAGAUCGGGAAUUUGUUUGAUAUCAAAUAGACAUCAAAGUAUAAAAGGGGUUGUGUCAAAUCCACACAUUGGUUGGCAACCUCCAAAUGCGUAUCAUGUAUAUUGCAUUCGUCAUAUUGCCAGCAACUUUAAUCACUGGUUUAAAAAUAUAGCAUUGAAGAAAGAGCUCAUCAAAUUAGGUUAUACGCCAUCGAAGGUCAUAUUUCAGCAAAAGUUAACUAGAUUUCACAAUGAAUUUGAAGAUAUACAAAGGUGGAUUGACUGCAUAGCAAAGGAGAAAUGGGCAUUAUGUUAUGAUGGUGAAGGACGACGUUAUGGACACAUGACCACAAAUCUUUCAGAAUCAGUAAAUAAGGUGUUGAAAGGUGCUAGAAACCUGCCCAUAAAUGCCCUAGUUAAAGCCACCUAUGGACGAUUGGUUGAAUAUUUUGUGAAGCGUGGAGAAGAGGCUAUCUCUGACCUUCACAAUGAAAGCAUGUUUUGUCGUAAAGUGAUGUUGCAAAUUCAAAAAAAAUCAACAAGAAGUUUCAUCACACCAAGUUCGUCGGUAUGA